UAUGGGUCUCCCAUUCGGGUGAGUGGUCGUGUGCCCAUAUAAAUGUAAAAUGUUGCCCAUAUGCAGACUGGAUUCUUGCUCGACCGGACCUCCACAGCUCUCUGCACUGUUGUCGAGAGCUGAUUUUCUCUUCUUUCUGCAAAUUCAUUCCCUUUUCUGAUAAUCGCCCAUCAUGUCUAUUCCAGCGGCUACCGCGAAAUAUGAAUGGAUUCUCGCCAUUGUAACCAUUGCCUUCGUCUUCUCUGCCUUUGGUAAUGGAGCCAACGAUGUUGCAAACUCCUAUGCCACAUCUGUGGCCGCCCAAACAUUGACGAUGCCCCAAGUCGGUUUCCUUUCGAUAUGUACGGAAUUCAUUGGUGCCGUCGGUCUCGGAGCACGUGUUACCUCCACCAUCAAGAACGGAAUUAUCUCUAUCGAUCGCUUCAGGGAGGCAUCAGACCCUGGCACCCUCAUGCUGGCCAUGGGUUGUGCUGAGGUCGGCUCAGCAACCUGGCUCAUGCUCGCAACACAUCUUGGAAUGCCUGUGUCGACUACACAGACGGUCGUUGGUGCUUUGAUUGGUGUGGGUUUCGCAACUGGCUCGCCCAUCAAAUGGGCCUGGGCAAGCGGUUCCGUCUCGCAGGUCGCCGCGUCCUGGGGCAUUGCACCAUUGAUCUCUGCCGCCUUCUCUGCACUGAUCUUUGGUACCGUCAAGUGGGGUGUGCUCGAGCGUGCCGACUCUUUCAAGUGGGCGAUGCGUCUCAUUCCCAUGUAUAUCGCUACCACCUGUGCCAUUCUUGCACUCUUCAUCGUCGUUGAGACACCCACUGCCCCCUCCUUGGAGGAAUUCGGAGCUGGUAAGGCAGCGGGAAUUAUUCUCGGUGUCUGGGCCGGUUGCUUGCUCAUCGCCUAUGUUUUCUUUAUACCCUUCUUCGAGCGUAAACUCAUCAAGAAGGACCCACGUGUGCGGUUCCACCACGUCAUCCUCGGCCCCAUUCUCCGCAAGGAUAACCCGCCCCUAUUCUGGCCUGGAAAGGGCGACGAAUACGUCAAGAACUACUACGCUGAUGCCUACGGUGAGGUUCGCGCCGGUGCCAACGAGGAAAGAAACUUCGCUGGUACUUCGAACGAGGCAGCCAAUGCCGGUCCCGAUGACAUCACAAAGCACAAGACCUCCAACGACCCUAAACAAGAAGGUGCUCUCCCAACCGACCCCGAGAAGUCGCCCGUUCUCGAGGAGAGUGGAAAGGACGAUGCCCCUGCCGUUGCUCCUCUCAAGCGUCAGCGAAAGUCCGAGCCAUAUGAGCGCUUCAUCGGUCCUGUCCAGGGUUUGUCGUGGCUCAGCCCUCAGAAGUGGUAUGGGUACCUCAAGUUUGUUAUGUUGCAGGGCGUAACAAGGGACGUUAUCACGCACGACAGCGACCACCUUCGCGCCAUCCAUGCACGCGCCAACCGUUACGAUGUCCGCGUUGAGCACCUCUGGACUUACUGCCAGGUCUUGUCAGCAAUGAUGAUGUCUAUCGCUCACGGAGCAAACGAUGUUGCCAAUGCUGUCGGACCUUGGGCUGCCGUGUACGAGACAUACAAAGCUGGUGAAGUGUCUACCACCUCUCCAACCCCUGUCUGGUUCCUCGUUGUUGCCGGUCUGCUGCUUGGUCUUGGUUUCUGGUUCUACGGAUACAAAAUCAUGCGUGCCAUGGGUAACAAGAUCACUCAGAUGUCGCCGACUCGUGGAUUCGCCGUUGAGCUCGGUGCUGCCAUCACGGUGUUGUUGGCUUCUCGAUUGGCUUUGCCUGUCUCCACCACCCAGUGCUUGACUGGAUCCGUCAUGGGUGUUGCUCUCAUGAACAUGGAUUUGGGAGCUGUCAACUGGAAGCAGUUGGCUUUCAUCUUCAUGGGCUGGGUGGCGACGUUGCCUAGUGCUGGGCUUAUUGCUGGCCUGCUCUGCGCUAUGGCACUCAACACCCCCCAUUUCUAGAUUCUUGAAUUCAGACGGGCCUGUCGGAGGGUGGCAGGUACUGAUAUGGAAGGGUCGGCGUAUUCAGGUGAUAGAGAGAUAUCGGUAGACAUCCUCAAUUAGCGGCUGCAUUUCGGAACGGCGUUUUGGUAUAUUUCGUUACUGCACACAGAUUAUGUGGGAAGGGAGUUCACAUUGAAAAGUUUGGAAGGUCAAUUAGAGAUACAUUUCGUGUAGUAGCGAACAUCGUGAUGGAAAAUGAAAUGACUGUUUGAUUAGAUCGUCGUCAAUGUGCAUUCCCAAGACAAGUCUGA